AGUGAGGGGGAGGGGCUGGAGUCUCAGCUGUCAGUCAGCUGAUCCGUCGUAGAAAGUUAGAAGUUUAAAGCCGAGCCUUCCACUGUGCAGCGCCGUGGAGUGACCUUCACCGCCGGGGGGUCACAGCAGACCCGCCCCCUCCCUCCUCCAGGAAACGCCACGCAGCGUUUUAUUUUGAAACUCCCGGAGACCCGUUCAGAAACGUUCACUUCCUGUCUGUCAGAGCGCCACCUGUCUGCAGCUCACUGUCACUGCUGUGUGAUGCCAAUAAAGUUUUCUUUAGAGACCUCCUCCUCUUUGUCUUUGGCUGUUUCUCGUUCACUCAAACCACAGAUGGAAAAGCAGCUCCUGAAACUCAGGUGAGCUCAGGUGGGCGGGGCCUCUGCAGGUAUCUGUCAGAGGUGUGAAGGGGCAGGUACAACAGGCUGUUCAUUUGCACAGGGAGUUCAGCUCCUCGGUGCAACCGGUUUUCAGUCGGCAGCCGAGGAGUUUCAGUUUGUAGGUUUGAGAAGAUGUUUCAGCUCCCGGAAUUCCCAGGAAAAGCCAGAGAACCAGGAUUUCUCCUCCAGGGAUGAGGCCUUACCGCCCCAAACCGGCUGAUUUUGAUCCGUAUUUUCGGAUCAUUCUGGGAUCAUAAGUUGAUGGUAGAAGUUUUCCGAUCCUCCUGACUACCAGCGAAGGUCAAGAGGAGGUGUGCUGCACUCGGAGGAGAUCAUCAUGGAGUCCAGUCUGUCCAUGCUGUCCUCCCUCAAGGACGACAGUCCCCGCCCCUUCGUCCAGCCGCACUACAGGGAGGCGUACCGGCUGGCCAUCUACGCCCUGCUCUGCGGGGGCCAGGAGGCGUACUGGGAGUACCUCCGGGCCGAGCAGGUCCACAGCUUCCUGUCGGAGGAGGAGAUCCGCUUCAUCCUGGAAAACGCCAAGCCUCUGGUUCUGGACGACGACGAGCGGGGCCCCGAGGAGGUCAGCCCCUCCACCUACUUCCCAACGCUGUCGGAUGAGGAGGUGCCGGACCUGGAGCUGGGCUGGCCAGAGGUCUGCCUGCAGGAGACGGAGACCAGCAUCAGCCUGCUGUACCACCCGCCCAGGAAGGACACGCCCACCAUCAAGGAGGUGGUGCGGAGUCAGAUUCAGGAGGCGCGCCAGCUCGUCGCCAUCGCCAUGGACGUCUUCACCGACAUCAACAUCUUCAAGGAGGUCCUGCGGGCAGCGCUGCGCGGCGUGGCGGUCUACAUCCUGCUGGACGACUCGCAGGUCGGCGGCUUCCUCCAGAUGUCCUACAGCGUGGGCAUCGACAUCCUCAACGUCAAGAACAUCUGCGUUCGGACCGUCCGCGGUCCCGAGUACCAGUGUCAGUCGGGGAUGAAGUUCCAUGGAGGUUUGGAGCAGAAGUUCAUGCUGGUGGAUGGCAGGACGGUUCUGUACGGAUCCUACAGCUUCUCGUGGUCGUUCGAGAAGAUCAACGUGAGCAUGGUUCUGGUCGUCACGGGUCAGCUGGUCGCCUCCUUCGACGAGGAGUUCCGGCGGGUGUACGCUCGCUCCAUCAGUCCUGCCGUUCCUUUCCCCCCCCUGAGGAGGGCGGGGCUGCAGAGCCCGGCGUCCAGCCAGCUGUCCCUGACCAGGAUCCAGUCCCGAGGGUUCAGGAACGGCGGCGUCCACGACGGCGUGCUGAGCCGAGGCCUGAGCGUGCAGGAGCGGCUGCAUCAGUCGCACUAUCCGGACGCCGAGCGGCUGCUGAGGGGACACAGCUAUGGGGGGGAGCUGCAGAGGAUGAGCUCCAUGACCCGCCUCCGGAUGGGGACCAAAGAUCUGGGAGUUCCUCCAGACCGCCGCCACCAAACCCGCCAGAACCUGAUGCCGUUCAGCUCCGAGUCGUCUCUCCACAGACCGCCGAUGGAGAACGGCGCUCCUCCGGAGGGCCGACACGAGUUCCAGUCCCAGUGGGUCCACCAGAGAUCCAGAGAAAUCUGGUCCAAGAUGGAGGUGGUCAGACAAAAGAGGCGGAGCCUGCAGGAGAACUUCCGGCACAGUCAGGAGUCUCUGCGUUCUGUGCGCUCCACUCUGGACCGACCCGUUCGCCUGUCUCCUUCCAGAGGUCCGGACCUGAGGCACAGUGCCACCAGCUUAGUGCCCCUCCCCCGAAGGGCGGAGCCUGCGGCGGAUGCAGACGGACGCCGCUCCGCCUCCCAGAACGAUCUGAAAACAGAGCUCCACGGCUGGAACCACCCGGCGUCCUCCAAUCCAGACGCUGACCCGCCGCGUCCCGGGGGCCUGAGCGUCCAGCACUCCAGAGGGAACAAGUCGCUGUUCGAGAUCCCCGAAGAAAGAGAGGGACCGAGCAGCCUCCUGAACGCCACGGACCCGGGAGUCGGAGGGAAAAACGAGGAAGGAGCGAUGACGGUCCUGGCUGACCCAACCUGGAACCAAACCAGACCAGAACCGAACCCAAAGACGGACCACCGCACAGCAUCAGCUCCAGGAGAAGGACGGAAGAGUUUGAGGUCAGAGACGGAGGAGCGACACGUUGAGAGGAAGAACUCCUCCAGAACUAAAGCCCGUGUAGAGGUCCCGGAUGAUGAGAGGAGAACCUCAGAACCGGAGGACAGAGGGAGAGUCUCCCUGAGGACGGAGGACGCUCUGAUCCCAGGUUCAGGCCCGGAGAACUCCUCCUCCUCCCCAGGAGAUAGAACCCCGAAGAAGGAGCGUUCUCCAGGACUCUCCCGGUCUCUGUCCAAACCGGAGAAACCCAAAUCCCCCUUCUCCAAACGCUCCAACAAACGGAACCUCACUGCAGAACCCCACCCCGACCGGAGGAGCUCUCCGGACGGGGAGGGAGCCCCCACCUCCCAGAGCAAACGAGAACGCGGCCCCCACCAGGAUCUGCUCGGCAGCAGGAGCUCCGGUUCUGACCGACCCACCAGGAGGGCGGAGAAGGCCAAGAGCUCCUCCAUGAGCCGGCAGGACGCCGGGCCGACGGCGAUCCAGACACACGGCGACAACAAGCUGGGGAGGUUCAUGCAGCGGGUCGGACACCUGAUCAACAAGAACAAGUAGAGGACAGAAUCGGGCUUUAGGACGUCGACCCGGUAAAGUUCUGGAGCCGCUCGCAGUCAGGAAUCCUCCAAACGUCACGACUGUCAAAAACAUUUUCUCUCUGAGAGCUGAAGUAUCUCACCUGCUGCAGGUGUUCAGACGUGUUUAAAUCUGAACUCAGAGUUCCAAAUAUCAACCAGUCAAAUCACGUCAUUUGGGGGUUUUACCACAAACGUCAAGUCCGUUAAGGUGCAUUCACACCGAACGCCAUUCACGAGAUGAAUUUGCUGCUCCCCGCCUGUUAAAAAAUGUGUUCCUGAGCUUGACGCGGCGGCCGCAUGUGGGAGGAGCUUAGAAAUCUGACUUAGAAUGUUGAGAAAUCUGGUUUAUUUAUUGUGAAGAGUUCAACAAAAACAUCAGUAAUCAUGUCUCCAUGUUUGGGUUUAUAUGAUUAUUAUUCUAAGAUUUUCCUGGUACAGGAGGCGGAGUCUGUAUGAC